ACUCAGCCAUUUUGUCUAUUUUCCGAGUGGCGGGCAGAGUGGAGUAGAUUUGCUAAUGCAAGUGCAGCGUUAAAUAUUACUCGUCUCUCCUAUUUACACUAUUAGGUCAAGUGGCCAAGUUUUGCAAUGGCAGACUCUGAUAAAUUGAAUAUAGACAGUAUCAUUGCCAGAUUAUUAGAAGUUCGCGGGUCUCGUCCAGGCAAGAACGUUCAGCUCACAGAGAAUGAGAUCCGUGGCCUGUGCCUCAAGAGCCGAGAAAUCUUCUUGUCACAGCCCAUCUUGCUCGAACUCGAGGCUCCCUUAAAAAUCUGUGGCGACAUCCACGGGCAGUACUACGACUUGCUGCGUCUGUUUGAGUACGGAGGCUUCCCGCCCGAGAGCAACUACCUCUUCCUGGGCGACUACGUAGACCGCGGCAAGCAGUCCCUUGAGACCAUCUGCCUCCUGCUUGCUUACAAGAUCAAAUAUCCCGAGAACUUCUUCCUGCUGCGCGGCAACCACGAGUGUGCUUCCAUCAACAGGAUAUAUGGCUUCUAUGAUGAGUGUGAGUCAUGUAACAUGGCAGCCAUGCCAUGAGUGUGCUUCCAUCAACAGGAUAUAUAUAUGGUUUCCACUUUCCAUGAU